AUUGUAUUUGAGUCUGGCAGCGUUUGCUGUGAAACUGGCCCUUUUCAACGUGUAUAUUUGACUAAAUUCGUAGCCGGACUUGCUAGCCUGCAUUAGCUUGAGUUAGCUGUUAUCAUCGGGUAGCUAGCCAGACCCAUGAACCAGACCAAUGAGCUGCUCUCGGUAAACGCUCAGUGUUUUAUACCUGGAAGUAACGCUAGCUAGUAUGUAGUCCUGCCCCCCAGCAGCUCACUUCUUCCUCAGCUUUUUGUGUAGCUUACAUGUUGUCGUAUCGAUAGCCUCAACGUAGAUAGCUCUUUAGUUUAGUAUCAUAAAUCAGUGACAGCCACCUAUUUUCUCCAGUAACGUUUCAGUGUUUUAACUGUUCUCUGCGUUUAGACAAGUCAGCACCGCGUAAAGCAACGUCAGCAGUCAGUAACGCUGUGCUGUACACAGCUGUCGGUGGACGGCUAGCAGCUAGGUGUGUGUGUGUGAACCAUAGGGCUGUGUUUAAGAAGGUGUGAACCACAGGCUGCAGUGUGUGAACGGAUGUCUUCCUUCUGCUCUGUGUCAAACGCAGCUUCAGCUUGCAACGCUUCAAACAUGGACCAAGACAACAAUUCAGAGGAUGAGUCUGUCGGCCCAUCAGAAGAGGAACUUCCUUGCCUACCUCCAGGGCUCUGUAAGCUGUUCCGAUGGUGAAGCAAUGGAGCUGCUUUGGCAGCUGCGAGCUCAGCGCCGCCAGUCGUCUCCUGAGCUCCCAGAGACAGUGACCCGUCUUACUGCCCCUGAUGGCAGUAUUCUUUACUUGGUGGGCACCGCGCACUUCAGUGACAGCAGCAAAAAGGAUGUGGCCACAACGAUCCGUGCUGUGCAGCCAGACGUGGUGGUGGUGGAGCUGUGCCAGUACAGGGUGUCGAUGUUGAAGAUGGACGAGAAUACACUGCUGAGGGAAGCCAAAGACAUCAACCUGGAUAAGGUUCAGCAGGCCAUCAAACAGAAUGGGCUGAUGUCUGGCCUGAUGCAGAUUCUCCUGCUCAAAGUUUCAGCUCACAUCACAGAGCAACUGGGCAUGGCUCCCGGAGGAGAGUUCAGGGAGGCCUUUAAGGAGGCUGGACGGGUGCCGUUCUGCAAAUUUCACCUUGGGGACAGGCCAAUCCCUGUGACAUUCAAGAGGGCUAUUGCUGCCCUCAGUCUGUGGCAGAAGGCCCGCCUGGCCUGGGGUCUUUGUUUCCUGUCAGACCCAAUCAGUAAAGAGGACGUAGAGAAGUGCAAACAGAAGGACCUGCUGGAGCAAACCAUGUCGGAGAUGAUCGGCGAGUUUCCUGCUCUCCACCAGACCAUCGUGGCCGAAAGAGACAUCUACCUCACGCACACGCUCCGCCAGGCUACACGCUGUGUGGAGGCCCCCCCUAAUGCCCAGAAAGUGCCUGCUGUGGUGGUGGGAGUCGUUGGGAUGGGUCAUGUUCCUGGCAUAGAAAGAAACUGGGAGAAGCAGCUUAACAUAAAUGAAAUCAUGAGUGUUGCACCUCCCUCACGUUUUGGCUGGGUGUUGCGCACAGUCAUAAAGGGCAUCAUGAUGGGAAUGCUGGGAUAUGCCUGCUACCGUGCUGGAGGGAGUAUAGGUAGAGCUCUAAUGUCUCUACCUGCUGUCCAGUCAGUACUGGAGAAUCUGCGGCCACCCCCUGCUUGACCCCACUGGUCCUCUCUAAGCCAUCAGUGACGUGACCUUUUGAUUUUUGAAAACAAUGCAUCUAUCACCAGUGGCCUUAAAAACAGGAGGUGAGGCUGGAGCAAAUGGUUCACCAGCCCACAUGAUGAACUAACAAGGACCUUAGGGGGUUCAGAGCCCCCCACCUCGUAUUAAAGUCCCUGUCAACAAAGCAGGGCCGUACUGCCAAAGAAACCAUGACAGUACCCUUAGUUCUCUUUCAUAUUUUGUGCAUAUCCUGCAUUUUGUAAGGUUUACAAAUGCCAAUAAUUCCUUUUCAAUAUAUAUACACUUUCCCCCACCAUUCCUUUUAAUGACGUGCAGUAUACACAGAGAUUUUAUUCGACAAGUAUCUUAAGAAACAUCUUCAGUCACCUUCCCUGAUAUGACUGAGCCACUUUCUGAGAGGCACACUUUUCUAACGCUGUCUCCUUAUACCUUCCUCGUUUCUCGUGCCAGCCAGCAUUUUUUUGGUAAUGGGCACAUUUCAAUUUCCAGCACUUUAGAAGAGACUGGUGGACUACUAUACAUGCAGCCUAUGGAAGGGAAGAGAAAGUAAAAUACCAAGUCAGAACUAUAAUAAAGAAAAACCUUCAGUGUUUGUAGUUGAUGCAUAGAGUGACUCUAGGUAAGUGUCAAAAAAAUGUCUGAAUUGUAUCAUUUUCUUACUUGUUGAAAAAUCUACUGCUAAAAAUGCAUAUUCUUCCAAACUCACACACAGGAUUAGCAUAAGACAAAAUUGACUUAUUCCCUAUGUGCACGGUCCUGCCUACAUCAACAGACAAGUGCCUCAUAUUGCAGCUGUAAGGGCUAAUGGCUAACUAAAUGGAAUGGCAAAAAUGUGUGUUAUAUGCAUCUUACAGAUACUACAACCAAAUGGUCAAUGCAACUUUGUAAGAAUCUGUCCUUUUAUUAGUAAGAGAUACAGUAGACAAACUUACUUACAAAGUACUGUUACCCUAAAUACAGACAUCUGUCUACAUGUGUACAUGUAAGUUGAAAUGUUACCAUGGCCCCUACAUUUUAUAGCAAGUCAUAUUCAACAGAGACCUGACACAGGGCAAACUUAAAUGUGCCUCAGGAUGAGAAAUGCAUCACUUAGGUGAUUUGUAUAUUUGAUUGUACCUCCAAUAUGAGGCACCUUCCAUGUUUAGGCUCCGUCUCCAAGUAAAGGUUUCAUACUUGACACAGAAAUAUGCAUCAUACACAGAAAGCCAUCUCUACAAACCUUUCACAUGAGAACAUCUGACAUUCAGCACACCAGCUGGUUGUACUUUUAUGAUAUAUGCAUUAUCACUUCCCAGUCUGAACAGGGAUUGAUUGCGCAGGUGAUUUUUUUUUUUUUUUUUUAAAAAAAGGGAAUUGAUUCUAAGGAUUUCUCAUCAAGAGGGAUUAGUUGCAGACUUGUUUUGACCUCUGUGAAGGAAACUGACAGUUAAGGUUGGUCAGAGUUGGGAGGUAAAGCCUUACACUGCUAUCACUGCUGCCUUUGACCCUGAGAUCGCCUCUUCUGCUGAGGCUUGUUAUUACCAACGCUGACCUGUAUCCACAGUACAGAGCCUCUUACUGCAUAUGUAAUAACUGGCUAGAUGACCCUGUAAGUUUAACAGUCUGAAUGAGAUAAUGAAGUGGUUGCAAGGCUCUAAAUCAACAUCCACUUUGAGGUUUCCCCAAUCUUAAUUCUAAGUCUUUAUAUGCACGGUACAUUAUAUGAAGAAGAAUAGUGGAGGACAGAUGUAGUCAAGCCUCUCAGUCCCAUAGCAGUAUAAUCCAGUCAAAUUUAAACAUGUGUCUGUCUCCCUCCCACAGGACUUCCAAAGGCUUGAUCUACUGUACGUUUGAAAAUUGCCAAGAAAUUUAUAUGAAUGCCUGAUAUUUCUUGCUAUUUGGUGUAAGAUUUGUUUCCCCAUACCCUUGUGUUGCUUUGUCAUUGUUACAAACCAAACAUUUGUCCUAAAUUCUGUCAUGAAUCAUUAAAAAAAAGCAUUUUAAGUAAAGAUGAACUAUAUUUACCUCAAAAA